CACCACUCAACCCUCACCCUCACCCGCACCCUCAUCAUGAACCUGCGACAAACCACCGCCCACAACCUUUCCACCUUCCGCCAUCACUAUGUCUCCGAGAUCUCCGGCUCCCUCGGCGACCUGGGCACUUUCCUGCCCAUCGCCAUCGCCCUGGCGGUGAACAACACCGUCUCCCUCUCCAGCACGCUCAUCUUCUCCGGCAUCUUCAACAUCCUGACGGGCCUCUUUUUCGGCAUCCCUCUCCCCGUGCAACCCAUGAAAGCCAUCGCCGCCGUGGCCAUCGCCCGCAACUUCACCAAUGGUGCCAUCGCCGCCGCCGGCCUCUUCGUGGCGGCCUUCAUCCUGCUUUUCACCGUGACCGGCCUCCUCACCCGCUUCUCCAACGCCAUCCCCAUCCCCAUCAUCAAGGGCAUCCAAUGCGGCGCGGGCCUUUCCCUGAUAAUCGCCUCGUCCAACACCCUCCUCUCCUCCCUCACCUGGCUCUCCCCCUCCUGGGCCGACAACCGCCUCUGGGCCCUCUUCGCCUUCCUCUCCCUCUUCGCAACAACCGCCUACCGGAAGGUCCCCUACGCCCUCCUCGUCUUCCUCCUCGGCCUCCUCUUCGCCCUAAUUCUCGCCGCCCAAUCCUUCUCCCUCCCCUCCCUCACCCUCUGGCGUCCCUCGGUGACCAUCCCCUCCCGCCACGAAUGGGCCAUCGGGUCCCUGGACGCCGGGGUCGGCCAGAUCCCUCUCACAACGCUCAACUCCAUCAUCGCUGUCGUCCACCUCGCCCAGGACCUCCUACCCGACCACCCCUCCUCCCCGCCCUCCACCACGACCAUCGCCCUCAGCGUCGCAGGUAUGAACCUCCUCGGCUGCUGGUUCGGCGCGAUGCCCGUAUGCCACGGCUCCGGGGGCCUAGCCGCACAGUACCGCUUCGGGGCACGCUCCGGCGCCAGUGUCGUCUUCCUGGGCGCGUUCAAGCUCCUCGUCGGUCUGUUCUUCGGGGAGUCACUGGUGGAGCUUCUGAAGCGGUUCCCGACCGCAUUGCUCGGUGUCAUGGUCAUCGCGGCCGGGUUGGAGCUGGUGUCUGUGGGCGAGAGCUUGAAUACGACCGGCGCGAGGGAUAUCUGGAAGGCGGCGGGGCGGACGAAUGGGCUCGUUGGCGAGGAGAUCGGGCCCAUGUUGACUGAUGUAGAGAGGAAGAGGAGGUGGAUGGUUAUGAUGGUUACGGUGGGUUUGUUGGUCGGUUUUAAGAAUGAUGCGGUGGGCUUUUUGGCUGGCUUGUUGUGUCAUUGGGCCUUUGAGAUUCCGGCCCUCGUGGAGGGAGUGAAGAGGUGGUGGGCGGAGAGGAGGGGUGGGGUUCGGUUGGAGUGAGUUGACUAGUGGGUUGGUAUUCCUGCCCUUUUGGAGUUUAUGAGGGGAUGUGGGUUCUGGAUGUGGAUGUGAAUGUGGGCUACCCUGUAUAUAUAAAGGCUUGGAGAGUGGUUGGAAUGUGAAUGAUGAGUUAUGAGUUAUGUGGAGGUGAAGGGUAGAUGUAUAUAUAUAGUAUAAGCCUUCUGAUUUGAAAGGGGGUAUUUGUGACUCAGUAUAUAAGUCUGUCCAGCUAUUCUAU